CUCGACGAUGACAGCAGAUUCCUCAUGGCCCUCGAAGUUCAGCAUACCCCGCAAAUAUAGCUAUGUAUAUCAGUUGAUCGCAAUCAACUGCGAUAAGGCGAAUAAUUGGAUAAGGCUGUCUUCUGACCCAGGAAGGAAGGGAUAAGGACAAGCUUUCAAUAUGGCUUCCAAGCGCAAAGCAGCAGCAAUGGCGCCUCCAGCUGUCGAGGAGCCUGUAGACCCAGCUGAUGAGCUUAUGUUUCUUUGCUUGGGUGGUGGUAAUGAAGUCGGCAGAUCCUGUCACAUCAUCCAGUACAAGGGGAAGACUGUAAUGCUGGAUGCUGGCCAACACGCAGGCUACGAAGGUCUUGCCUCUCUUCCAUUCUAUGAUGACUUCGACUUGAGCACCGUGGACGUUCUUCUGAUCAGCCAUUUCCAUGUGGACCAUGCAGCUUCUUUACCCUAUGUACUGGCAAAGACCAAUUUCAAAGGACGAGUCUUCAUGACACAUCCUACAAAAGCUAUCUACAAGUGGCUCAUCCAAGAUAGUAUUCGAGUUGGCGGUGCAUCGUCAGACACCAAAGGCCAACCUGUCUACACGGAAGCUGACCAUCUUUCCACGUUUCCAAUGAUUGAAGCCAUUGACUACCAUACGACCCACACCAUCUCAUCAAUCAGAAUUACACCAUACCCUGCCGGCCAUGUUCUUGGAGCUGCGAUGUUCCUAAUCGAAAUCGCAGGACUAAAGAUAUUCUUCACCGGAGACUACUCUCGGGAGGAUGAUCGCCAUUUAGUAUCCGCUGAGGUUCCGAAAGGUGUCAAAAUCGAUGUUCUCAUUACUGAAUCAACCUAUGGCAUCGCAUCGCAUGUUCCGCGUGUAGAGCGGGAACAGCAGCUUAUGGGCUCUAUUACUGGCAUCUUGAAUCGAGGCGGACGAGUUCUGAUGCCCGUUUUCGCACUUGGAAGAGCCCAAGAACUUCUCUUGAUUCUAGACGAGUACUGGACUCUCCACCCAGAAUUCCAGAAGAUACCAAUCUACUAUGCUAGUAACUUGGCCAGAAAAUGUAUGCUGGUCUAUCAAACAUAUGUCGGAGCAAUGAACGACAAUAUCAAGCGACUUUUCCGAGAAAGAAUGGCUGAAGCCGAGGCUAACUCAGAUACUGCGUCGAAAGGUGGACCCUGGGAUUUCAAGUACAUUCGAUCGCUGAAGAAUCUGGAUCGGUUCGAUGAUGUUGGCGGUUGUGUCAUGCUUGCCAGUCCUGGCAUGCUGCAAAAUGGUGUGAGUAGAGAACUUCUAGAGAGAUGGGCUCCGAGCGAUAAGAAUGGUGUCGUUAUUACUGGUUACAGUGUUGAGGGAACUAUGGCAAAGGAGAUUAUGAAGGAACCAGAGCAGAUUCAGGCUAUUAUGUCUCGCAAUACCGGCGGAGCCAGACGAGGUCCCGGGCUGCCAGACGCCGAGAAAGUCAUGAUACCUCGACGAUGCAGCGUUCAGGAAUACUCUUUCGCCGCACAUGUCGAUGGGGUUGAGAAUCGGGAAUUCAUUGAAGAAGUCGCCGCACCUGUUGUUAUUCUUGUUCAUGGUGAGGUACAUAACAUGAUGCGACUGAAGUCCAAACUACUUUCGCUCAACGCCGAUAAGACAGACAAGGUCAAGGUAUUCAGUCCUCGAAACUGUGAGGAGCUUCGGAUCCCGUUCAAAGCAGACAAGACCGCGAAGGUGGUUGGAAAACUAGCAGCCAAUCCUCCUCCUACAGCUGACGGAAAUCAAUCACAGCUCAUGACUGGCGUCCUAGUGCAGAACGACUUCAAGAUGUCACUUAUGGCUGCUGAAGAUUUGAGAGAAUAUGCAGGCUUGACGACCACAAUCAUUACAUGCAAGCAACGUAUGACUCUUAGCGCUGCAGGUAUUGAGCUGAUCAAAUGGGCGUUGGAGGGUACUUUCGGCAGCAUCGAUGUCUUGCCAGAGAGCAGAUCUAAAGACAAGACGAAUGGUGACACGCACAUGAACGGAUCCUCGGAGGAUGCUGAUGAAGAAAUCUCGAGCCAAACCACUGCAUACCUAGUUAUGGGAUGUGUUACUGUUCGACAUCGAAAUAAUGGCGAGGUGGAAUUGGAGUGGGAGGGUAAUAUGCUGAAUGAUGGUAUAGCUGAUGCAGUCAUGGCCGUGCUAUUUUCAGUGGAAAGCAGUCCAGCUGCAGUAAAACAAUCGUCAAGCAAGCAUUCUCAUUCUCAUGAGCUCCCAACUCGGAAUUUACACGCAGAUCUCUCUCCUACCGAAAGACUGGAACGUUUGUUUAUGUUCUUGGAAGCACAAUUUGGCGCAGAAAAUGUCACGCCAAUCGCAGUCCCAAAGAUGAUUCUCAAGGGAGCUAUUGAUUCUCCAUCUGCCAUCAAGGCUGACGAGGAUGGAGCAUCCGAGGGAUCUGAGGAAGAGGACAGAGAGCUCGAGGCCCUUCAGAGAAAGGAAAUCGAAAGAUUGCACAAGAUUGGUAUUCCAGUCCCCGGAGUAGAGAUCAAGGUCAACAAUACAGUAGCCAAGGUGUGGCUGGAGGAUCUAGAGGUGGAAGGUGCAAGUCGGGUAUUAGUCGAGAGAGUAAGGACCGUCGUCGAGAGAGCAGUCGAGGUCACGGCACCUCUAUGGGCGUAAAGAUAGUUUCGAAGGCAUUUCUAAUUAUCUGGCAUUGGGAGGAUUAUUUAGGAGUCAAAGCAGGGGCUCUUUAUCGUCAUAUUCUACAAGCCAGUGUUAGGGCAAUAAAAAGGAGCAUAGCUGGGCAAGGAGUAACUUGGUACUACCAGCAGGCUUGGAACGGCCUGCACUGUAACACCAGGAAAAACACAAAAACGAAUAUCUCGACUGAGGCUUGACUCGUCGCAUUUAUGUUGAUCGUGCCGCUUGUCGAUACCCUGAAUCAUUGAACUGCAUCUCCUUGGACAUAUCAAUGAAUCGCAUCUUUGCAUACCUAUCAUCCACCCACCGCCUCAGCCGGAACGUCAUUAUGCAUUCCAUCCCUUAAUUCGGGCUUCUUCACAAAUAUUGAUCUGCCGCUCUCAUCCCAAAUCAAGCUUGAAUAGCUUCAAAUCCGCCUCACUCCGGGGAUCACCCAGUUUUAGACUUUCCACACCGACAAGCAUCAGGCCCCUGAAGCUUGCUAGCGCCUCGGCCCGGGCGGUGGUUGUGCUGUGUGGCUGGCCAGCGCAGCAUGCAUGGCGGGGAGGUGGAGGUUGUGUUGUGUUGUGUUGUGUUGUGUUGUGUUGUGUUCCGUGAGCCUCGAGCCUCGACCCUUGCCCGCCUGACGGCCCCCAGGUCUCAAACCAUAAAACCAAGCUUCUCUCCACAUCCAAGCAGUAAACAAACUCUCCCGCAAUACCAUCCGUCGAAUCGACAUCCAGCACUCGACAGUCAAUUUCCGAUUCUCGAUAUAGAAUCGUAGACAACAAACAGCAAUAACACGAACCCAACAUUAAGAUGCCAUUCUCCGCCAACUGGCAAGAGAAGCGCGUGCACCUCUGCGUCCUCGCUGCCCUGUCCGUCACGAUCAUGCUGUUCACAGGCGUACAUCUACGACAUAUGAUACCUGCGAGGCAGAACUGGAAACACCACACGCUGGACUGCAACUCUUUCUUUGCAUCGGACGUGGUUGAGUGUUCGCAGAUUCCCACAGUGGAAAAUAAUAAUGCGGGGAAGGAGGACUGGCUUUGAGACCUUCAGACGGAUACGACGAUAUUCGGUCAGAACAACCUAGGCGGUAGACCCUCUGAGUUGGUACUUUGAGAUUGAGCAGCUGGAACGAACGCCAUUGGAGACUUACCAAAACCCAAACGCUGCUUUGCCGGAAUUCCGAUGAGGAAUCAACAUGCAUAUCCAGAUAUUAGGUUGGAACAGCACAUGACUGCACCUCGAAUAUGCAACUAGGAGAAGGACAACAUACAGAUAUCAAGAAGUAUGCUGGAAGAAGAAUAGCAUCCCCCAGACCCUCCAUCGCACACGUUCGCCUUCUACCUACCAGCGGUUGGUCGAGACUGUUGACGUGUAGCUGCUAGCUUCCAGCGUCUCCAAAAGCAAGUGAGAACUCUUAGGAGAAGGAAAGGAAAGGAAGCCUUUUCGGACUUGACGCGUAUCACACAUGUCUGGAAAACUGCAAUAGGUGUUUCGAUGGCUCCUUGUAAUUGACUUGUGGUUGCCAACCUGGAACGAGGAAUACGGCAGCGACAUAUUGUGCGGAGGACGUGGCCCGACUUUAAUUACUGUAGCGAGUGAUGGGAAUGCAGGUGAUGGCAGUUUGGCAGUGUGUAUUAAGGAUGUCAAACUAGUGAGCCGUUAAUAAAGAGCCGUUGUGCCGUCGUGCAAUACUCCUCAGAUCUGAGUUUGAGUUAUCAAUUUAAACAAGUCUAUGUUCCGACAAGUACUACCAAGUGGUGAGAGAUCGUCAUGCUUCUAUCUUCAGAAUUUUCUUGAGAUUAUGCUGCGUGUCUAUGUCGGAGGGAGGCGAUCUCUUGAAUGAAUGGCUUCAUUUUGAUCAACGUGGACUGAUCACAAUUCUCAUCAGAUGUUUCGUAUCAUUAGAAGUAGUCCAAACGAUAGAGACUUUUGCGAGUCGGUCCAAAUUAAUUAGUUAGCCAUACUCCUCAGAGCAGAAUUAUACAGACUUGGUGAACGAAUCCAAAUAAUACAGCCUAACAAUACUCCGUCAAUUCGAGUUAGCAAGCUGUGAC